GAGAACGUGAAUGACUCCUUCCACCUGACUGAGGCAGGGUGGGCCAGGCACCUGGCUCUUGUAGCAGGGGUUUGUGGUGUGUUGGAGGGAAGAGUGAGGCUAGAUUAAUGAGCAAGCAACUCGGGACUAACUCACCACCAGCUGAUUUGUCAGUAUUUGUCUUCUCACCUACCAUACACAGCCAACCUUUUAGCUUUCGAGAAGACAUUUUUAGGACUCAUCUGUGAAACAGAGAAGUCCUCAUGAGAACUCUUUUUUGUAUGGCCUGGUUGGCCAGUCAGUUCUCUGGAUCCUGUGAAGGGGCCUGUCCAGUGCUGGAGGCAAUGGGUGGGGGCGGGGAGAAGAAGGCCUGUCUUAGGGAGGAGCUACUCUGACCUUAAUGCAGACUUACUCACAGGAACCUAGAAAGACCUUUCCAAACAAGUACACGGGAAGGACCCUGGUGUGCAAGCAACUAGUAUGGGAGCUUAGAGAAGGAGAUCCUGUGGGUUUCAAGAAUUGCGGUGGGCUUUCUACAGGAGGCCAGAUUACCCAGGACUUUGAACGUAGACAUGCAGGACCCAGCCGCCGCCUCCAUCUCAGACGGAGACUGUGAUGCCCGGGAGGGUGAGUCAGUAGCCAUGAAUUACAAACCAUCCCCGCUCCAAGUAAAGCUGGAGAAGCAACGGGAGCUGGCCCGGAAGGGCUCCCUGAAGAACGGAAGUAUGGGUAGCCCUGUACUCCAGCAACCCAAGAAGAACACUGUCAUGGCCCGGACAAGGCUGGUCGUUCCCAAUAAAGGCUAUUCCUCGCUUGACCAGAGCCCAGACGAGAAGCCACUGGUAGCCCUUGACACUGACAGCGAUGAUGACUUUGACAUGUCCAGAUAUUCCUCUUCUGGUUACUCCUCUGCUGAGCAGAUCAACCAAGAUUUGAACAUCCAGCUGCUGAAGGAUGGCUACCGGUUAGAUGAGAUCCCCGACGACGAAGACCUGGACCUCAUUCCCCCCAAGUCCGUGAACCCCACUUGCAUGUGCUGCCAGGCCACGUCCUCCACUGCCUGCCACAUUCAGUAGUGGGUGGGGCCGCCGCAGCCAACGGAGCCGGGCCGCCGGGGUCCAGGUCUGACAGGGCAGGGGCGGACCCCUCCCCAGCUCUCCUGCCAGCCCCCCGGCCCCGCGUCCCCUACAGCCGCCAACCUCGUAACAGUCAUUGCUUCCUCCUA